GAGAAGAGUGGAAGAGCAGCAGAGGUAGUAGGAGGUACUGUCUGUAGUAGCUGCUCACAAUUACUCACCGCAGCUGGACUCUGACAGAGCAGCAUAUGAACUCUCUCUUUACUCUGAAUUUGUAGCUUCUUCUGCGCUUUUUUCCUCCACUUUGUGUAUGCGCCUCGUUAUCGUCUCUUUGCGCGCACCGUGUGCCAAGUUUGUCGGCUUGACCCCUCAUUUCCGCUGCAAACAGGUUAAAGAGGAAGACGUUUCGCCGCUUCGUUUGACUUCAUCUAAAGCUCGGUCAAAAUGAUGAUAAUCCUCGCGGAGUUCUUCGUGGUCAUUCUCAAGGUGCUGUGGGCUUUUGUCACCGCCGGGGCGAAGUGGGUUGUUCGGCCCAAGGAGAAGAGCGUGGCGGGACAGGUGUGCGUGAUCACCGGGGCUGGAAGCGGCCUCGGGCGGCUCUUCGCUAAGGAGUUCGCCCGGAGACGAGCGAUAUUGGUGUUAUGGGACAUAAACAGCCAAAGCAACGAGGAAACAGCGGAGAUGGUGCGGCAGAUUUACCAUGAACUGGACACUCCCAUUACCAAAGACGGUAAGAGUGCUUUUUAGUCCUCUUUUUCCAGCGAUAGAGAUUUGUAACGCGUGGUCACUUAUGUACUCGCUUUGAAGGUGUUUGUCUGCCAUGUCUUUGCACGCAUAGGUCUAUCAAAGAAAGCCCAGUGUUGAAAUGAACUCACUGACACAUCUCACAAAUCAAUAAACCUGGAAAGGGCUGCAGUGCCUCACAUGCAUCUCCUGCACAGUCCCAGAUUUCCACUUCUUUAUGCGUGCUAUAGGUUGACUCUAGUGUGCAUCAUUCAGCCAUGAAAAUCCCAACCUCUUUUUCUCCUGUAACACCUGCUGAUUGAUCUGUUUUCUCAUUUUUCUUUCAAUCUCUUUCCCCUCUGCAGGACCUGUUGGAGGUGUAGAGGAGGUCCCUCCUUUCCAGCCACAGGUCUACACCUAUGUGUGUGAUGUGGGAAAGCGGGAGAGUGUGUAUUCCACAGCUGAGAAGGUGCGCAGAGAAGUGGGAGAAGUGGACAUACUGAUCAACAACGCCGGCGUUGUCUCUGGCCACCACCUCUUGGAGUGCCCUGAUGAGCUGAUCGAGCGCACCAUGGUGGUUAACUGCCAUGCACACUUCUGGGUGAGCGACCAAACAAGUCCUUAAAAAGUGCAGUUUGGGUUAAUGUGGAUAUUAGAGCUUGCAACUUGAUGGUGUAAGUCUGCAUCAGUUUCCAUGAGCACAGUGUUAUCAAAUGUGUUUACAGCGGAGCUAGAGUCUCAGGAAUGUUCCCAGUCUGACUUGCAUGCCUAUUCAUAAUCUUCUCCUUCUGUGUGUGCCAAACUCAAAAAAUCAAAGGUGUGUCAGUAUGUGUGCCUCCAAGAUUCAGAAAUCUGACCAUAAAUAGCUCUCUAAUAUGAUCAAAUUCAGCUCCGUUUAGUCAAAUUCUGCCAGAGGAAAGUCACGAGUUUGGCUUUAUGAGUCUUGCCGUCACUGUUUUUGCUCCUUGGCAGUCUGAAUCUUUGAUGAUCCCUUUGGUAUGUUAGCCUUUUUUUUUCCCCACUCUCCUGUCCUGCACACAUCGGUACAAAUCUUAACUGAGCAUGACGGCAGCAGGAGGCAUGUACAUGGAUUGGAUCUGGAUCAAAUCAGAUUGCCAUAUUUUGUUUGCAGGCACUUAUCCCUUGUAUGUUGUACUUUAAUCUGUCUCAUUUGGUCCUGUUGACUCUUAUCUGAAAAGACACUUGAGCUCAAUGGAGCCACUGUUGUAUUCAUGAUAUGCGCAAGCUGCAAUUUUAAACAGGGUAGGUGUUAUAAAAGCUUUUCGAUUCGAGAGAAAAUCCCGGCUGCAGUGGCAAUUAGAAAUCUUUGAAGAAAAAACAACCCCUCUGAGGGCAUUAGGAGUUAUCCAGCGUUAAAGCCCCUCUCCUCUCAUUCAUGACUAAAUCAGUCAUGAUAAUUGAUUGCAUUGUUUGUGUACAGCCACAGAGCUGAGGGACAAAUGUAACGAUUGUGAACAAAUUGUGUUUAAGGCCAGAUGCAGAUUACAUUGCAAGGAUCGAGGAUGUGCCCUUUUGAAUUGACUGUUUGUCACACUAUAUUGAGCAAUGUGUCCAGUGAAGCGGGUGAUGCCCAUUUGAGACUUUGCCUGCAGGCUCUGCUUUUUUAAAAGAAAGAACCGCAUUCCUAAUGAUACCAUGAAACCACAGUGAUUGUGGAGCUCCCUAAUUGGGCAUGCAAAUCUCUUGUGUUGUCCGUCAGACAGGUUGUGUAUUUCCUCCUUUUUUAAUGACGCUCCAUUCAUGCGGCUAUCUCCACCAUCUUUUACAUCCAGGAUUUGGAGUCAGGAUCGAGUGGUUGGGUGGCAGAUUUUUGGAUUUUUUAAUAGGGGUCUGUGUUUGUGUUCACCCAUACUCGGUAGAGAGGGUGGUUUCUUUAAGGGGGGGGUGUGGGGGCAGAUGAAAGAACAACUUAAUGAAUGGCGACAGGCAGAAUGGAGGAUGUGGUUCAUUAAAAGACACAAGCUAGAUGAAUAGAGCUUAGACUAACAGGAAUCUGUCCACUUUCCUCUCUUACACAAACAAAGUAUGGUUACUCAGAGCAUGCAGGUGGUGUGUUACACAAACUUUUGUUUUCCUCUCUGUUGGACAGCAGGUUUUUAACGGCCUGUUUGUGGUUUAUUGUGUUAUUUAUUUUGGUAGAUGCUGACAAGUUUAAAUGAAAGAGGUCCUCUGCCUUUUUCCUGUAAUUUUAGAGCGGAACAGAAGUAUGCAUACUCAGUCCUCAACUGUGAACCUAAUCUAGAGUGUGUUCUUAAAAAGUCAUGCUCAUAAUUAAAGCUUCUUAUUAGCAAAACACCAUUACAGACUCGUCAAAGAUUCAGUCAGCUACCCUGCUUUAAUUUAAUCCAGUUAUGUAAAAAAACCUUCAAGAUUAACAUGACAGCAGAUUCCUACUGAUUCCCCACAUCUGACAUGAGAGAAAUGGUUAUUUUCCUUUUGUUAGACAUUGUUUUAGGAGUUAAGCGCAGAGAUGGAAACUGUAGCGAGUGCAUGUGUGUCUGUCAGACCCCGCACUUCUUCCAUCCUCCUUCCUCAGGCCCCUCUGACUCCUCCCAACCCGAUUUGGAGGCAGUGGGUGCAGCUGCAUGGCAGCCACAGAGGCCAGCUCCGUUCAUCCAGCCCUGCCACAAACAGCUAUGAUUCAGUCCUUUGCUUCUUUAUUAGUGUUUUAUGGAGCAGUGAGCCGUGGCGUUUAAUUUGUUUGAUGAUGCUUUGAUUAGUCCAGCUGCAGAUUUGUGAUGUCUGAGCAUCGGUUUUUAGUCAUUCCGGGACGAGGGAGUGUGCGGUCUUUUUUCAGGAAGUGUCCCCAGAGUUUGCGUUCGAGGAUGAGUGUUUGUCUAGUGGAAUGACAUGAAAGGAAAUCAUCCUCAGCAUCUUGAGCUGGUUAUCCAACAGGUGGCUCACGAACAAUGAGCAGGCCUCCGCUGGAAAUGAAGCCGCUCUAGUCCAAUUACAUGACAGAGACAUGGCGGGAAAAGAGCAGAGGAAAGAAAAAGGGGAAGGAAGGCAGCGGCGGCCCUUCCACAGGCGAAGGCGAGAGGGUAAUGGUAAGCUGCUGCUGCUGACCCACUUUAUGUGACAAUUGCUUUCUUGUCUGUGGAUCAGCUUGACAAGAUGCCAGGCGACAGGAGCCAAGUUCCGCAGGCCGCAUUCCUGCUGUAGUUAGAGAAAGGAGGCAGCCAGGCAGAAGGGUCCUACUUGACUGGUUUUAUAUGGGCCCCUCCUCGAGCCUGGUGCACCUGUACCCCCGAUUGGAUCAAGCCAGUUCUUCUUUCAUGUUAAGUCCCUCCAUGUCCACCUACCUGUUCAUACCCUAAAACAUGACCCAGACAGACCAUUAAUGUCUUAAAUAAAAAGACAUUUUUGUUUCUCAAAAAAAAUGAUCAGAAGAUUUAGUUUACUACCACAAGACGAGGAAAAGAAUCCAGCCCUCGUGUCUGAAUAGCUUGAACUAAACAAAAUAGACUUUUUAAAAACAAGAAUCAAUUUAUUGAGACUGAAAAUCUCAGCUGUGGACUCAUUUAAAUCCUUAAAAUAGGGAUCUAAGAACAAGAAAAACAUCCAUUUAAGGAGUUGUCAUUUAGGACAAGGACCAUAACAAAGAGACUCAUUACACUUGACCAACAGCAACCUUCAAACACAGCGUUUCUCACAGCAGGAGCAUUCUUGUGUUUGCAGUGUAUUGUGAUAUUUACCCCUGACCUAUUGAUGGAGUUGCCUUCCAGGUAAAUUGGAUUCCAGUUGUACAACCAGCAGGGGGGUUUUGGGCUUUAGCCAGCUGUAGCUGAGGCUUACUGACCAGCAUGGCCACCACAACACGACCAAUCUACAUCCAUCACCCCCGAUGACCAGUAAACCCAGCCCACUCAAAUUCCACAAUCUGUUGUAGGAUCAGACGAGCUCUCGAGCUCAGGCGUUUUUCUCUCGUCCAGGGAGAAGUCAGCCCAAUUAAAUGGCCAUCUGGUCCGACGCAAAGGCCAAUAUUUUGUUCAUAUUCCUGUUGCACUAAUGUGUCCUGACACCCCAGCUGCAAGAAGCUUUGUGUGGCUUAAAUGCUCCUGGGGGCACGCACCAAUUAGGGGGUGCAGCGGGCAAAGCACCCCCACAUAGUCCAAGGAGGCCCGAUUGUGUCAGCGGGUAAUUUAGCGGAACAAGGAAGCGUUGAAACCCAAUUACGGCUGCUCUGAUGUCGGACACGAGCCCCUGGUCGCCUUCACACAUUUUGUGUCUGAGAGGUCAGUGGGGGUCAUACCCACAUGCCAGAGCUGCCAUGAGAAGCAGGAUAUGGAACGAGGCCGGGAGAGGGAGAUGGGAUGUUUCUUCAACUUUAAGCGCUUUCCUCUAGCUGAGAGAACCAGCCUUUCCUCCAUCAAUUCCAGUUAUUUUCGCACCACUCAGCAAAAUUGUCCAGUUAUAUCUGAGUGUUGGCUUCAGCCGUACAGCAUCGUGCCAGAUCAAGUCAUUCUGUGCUCUGAAAGUUGCUGUAAGAGUGGGAAACUUUGGCUCUUGUCAGAUACGGGCAUAUCUGAAGUUAAUGCUUCAUUUGCACGCAACUCCCUCCGUCAUUCGCUGCCAUUCUGGCCUGCGGAGGCCUUUCUCAGCUUUUCCUCUGAGCUUUGUGUUCCUCCCUCUUUGGGCCUCAUCGUUCAAUGAGUUAAAUAUUACAGGAACUUGAAAAUUUAUGCCCUGGAAAAGUGCAGAUGUUUGGAGCCGAGUCAGAUCAGUUAUACUGUACCCGGCAACAGUGAAGUCAUUUUCUCUCUGCUUAAAUCUGACUUAUUGCUUCCAGUUUGACUUAUCUUACUCGAACAAGGAGGAUGUCUAAAUACAGAUGUUAUGCAAAGUGGAGAUUACACCGCAGCAGAAGUCAGUCCGGUGCAGUUAAUCUCUUGGUGCUCUUUUAAUGAGGCUUUUUCUCCCUCCUCAUGCCUGUGAUUUCAAGGCUGUGCAACCUGGUACCAUGCACUCUCUGGAUCUGUGUUUCCCAUCCUGCAAAUAUUUAGAGAGGAGGCUGCAGACGUUCUUCAGCCAGGUUUACAUACUAAGCAGAGCAGUGAAACUCACUUUUUAUUGGUGUGACCACAGAGUAAAAAUGUCAAAAGUGCGGUUUAUUAUUAAACUCAAGAGUCUGGUUCUACAGAAGUUUGUUUUUUCCUCAUCAGAAGAACAUUUUCUAACACUUUAGCUGAUUGGUUGAUUUAUAUUGGGGUUUAAAUGAAUGGACUUGUUUUGUUGGCUGAUUCUCACCCUAAAUACUCACCACAGCCCCACUGGGAAUCUUGUUAUCCUGAUUUAAUGUGUCCUGAGUGAUUUUAUUUAGAAACAAAGUGCUUUUUUAAAAGAGCGUGGCAGACUUCAUGCAUUGUUCUUCACUCUAGCACAUCGGACUUGAAUAGAAGUAGCAGAGCUCCCAACAAAAGGCCUCCUGCUCAUUUGCAGACCUCCUAGUGGGAGAGCGAUUGGUCAGUUCCUAUCGUUCCUGUCACAUGUCACACCUGCUGAUUGACUCACGCUGUGUCCAGAGUCAGCAGACGUGCAGAAAGGGGAGCAGAUCCAUAGCUUAAUCAACUCCUCUUUUCCUUUUGCUCUGUCUGUGACGCUUCACUCUGCAGGGAUUCUCCUCUCAGCACCUUUCUUCUAACUCUCGCUGGACCUUCAGUGGAAACCUCUCUGGUGAAACUCUUUCAUCUCGGUGCUCAUCUCACUGCCGAUUGCUCCGCUUUUUUGGGGCAGGGCGCAGGGCCGUGCGGGUAGACGAGAGGCUGAAUUGUAUUGUUGUUGAGUGAACGGAGGCCUAUGAUCGGUGUUGUCACCAGGUCUUUAGAGCCAGGCCGGACAACAGGCACCAGAUCUGUGUGGGAAAAGGACAGAUUGUACAGGAACACACACACACGCACACACACCAAAUACCUGUUUGGUUCAGUAAAAGCCUGAAGAGGGGAAAACCCACAUCCUUCUCUUCUCUCAGAAUCUAAUUCACACCUACCAGAAAGACCCAAACUUUUUAUUCUAAAAUGCUGCACCUCCAGCGCUCAGACUGAUCUUUAUUUUCAUGCCUGUUAUGAAAUCUCAUUCAGACGCCUCUCUCUGCAUCACCAUGGAGAAGCAGGAGAAACACAUGGAGAGGGAGGCAGAGAGGAUCAAAGGGCUUUGGCACAGACAAACUGCACAAGUGAACUAACCUUCCUCUUUUUCUGUCUUUGCCCUUCUGUCUCUUCUGUCCUUCCUCACAGACCACCAAGGCGUUUCUCCCCAAGAUGCUGGAGCUGAAUCACGGCCACAUUGUGACGGUUGCCAGCUCUCUGGGUUUAUUCAGCACAGCUGGAGUGGAGGUUAGUAUCAUACACAACAACACAUACAGAUACACAUCCCCAUCGUUCCCACCAUCCAAAUCCAGGCCUUUUCUCCAAAACGCCCGGCGUGCCAGUGAGCACACUGUGCUGGGGGAGGUUAGGCCCCUUUUCUCUAGUUGUCCCUCCACCCGUUAAAUUAAGGGACACACAUGAGCGUUGGGGAGCCUCUUAUAGAUUCCUCUAUCUGCAGCAGUGGGGGUGUUGGGGCCCCUAUUGGGCUCUGGCCCCAGGGCCAGAAUGAGCUGACAGCUCCCCGAGGGAUGGAGACAUCUUCAUCACUGCUUUGUGAACAACUUUGAGCUCACUCAGUAUUCAGCUCACACUGCGCUCAGUGGGUACAGUUGUCCUUCUUAUAUUUUCCUCUCCCAGUAUAGAUUCUUUUUGUUGUUUUAAUGUAAACAAAAAUACUCAGUGGAUUUAUUUAUCUCCAUAACAACAGGAGGAGUAAAUUGGUCGCUGUCUGGGAGGAGUUUUACUUCGAUAUCCACGGAAACCGAGUUCUCAUUUAUCCCUCUGCUGAGUGUGGUGUCAUAUUCAGAUUGUCUGCAGGGUUUACUACUCCAUUUGUCUCUGUUUUUAUAGCUGCACUUUGCUUUUGUUGCACAAGCACUCAUCCAUAAUGAUGAAGUCCCUCUUCAAAGGCGCUGAAAUUUAGCCAGUUUUUGUUCGGCUAUCACGCUUCGUAGAAACGCUUCAAAUGUGAUUGUAGUCGCGCACAUUAAUUUCAGGGAACCAAAGCCCUCGCCUGUCAUGUGGGCGCAGUCAAAUCUCUUUAUCCUCCCCGAGUUUAUGGACAUGCAUCUGUGUUUGCCCAAGCCCUUUUUUUUUUUAGGGAGAUUAUUUCCACAGCGAGCCACAUCAAAACCUUCCCGCCAAGCCGUGCGGUCUCCUGAUGCACCGGAGAAGAAUGCUAAUGAAACCGUAGAACAGAGGACAGGCUUGCUCAGGUUUUUGUGGCUGUAUCAUUAACAGCAAAGAGAGCCCUCUGAGCCCGCGGGGCAUGUUUGAUAAUGUUCUCUGUGGUCCCUGGGUGCAGAGUUUUACAGGGCUAACCUGUUCUCCCUUUAUUCCCACAGGAUUACUGCGCCAGUAAGUUCGGUGCCAUCGGGUUCCAUGAGUCGCUGAGCCAUGAGCUGAAGGCCUCCGAGAAGGACGGCAUCAACAUGACUCUGGUGUGCCCUUACCUGGUGGACACGGGAAUGUUCAAAGGCUGCAGGAUAAGGUACAUAUGAGCAGUGUGGCUGUUCCUGUGCUCCGUGUCUCUGUUUCUGCUUUAAAAGCUUUCUCGCACCUGGGAUGGGUUUAUGUCGUCUAAUUUGCACCAUAUAAAAACCAUCUCACAAACACCUUUUGAACUUCAAAGCGGCAGCUGAUUGUUUUAGAGAUAUUACAAAGUCGCCCUUAUGCCUUUGGUCAGCACCCUGGUUUUAACAAAGAGGGCGACUUUCCCAGGGGAAACCUCACCAACAGGUGCACCUGCGCAGCCCUCCCCUGCUGCUGCUGUGAUAGUCCUCACUUUGUUUGAUGGUUACAGUCUAGCAGGUGGCACGAUCUCUGCUUUACUGUCCCUCUACUUUGGAAAAAUCCCUAUUGCCCCGCCAAAGAACUCUGACACCAUUUUAGCUGGUAUCUUUUUUUGAUUAUAGUCUGAAAAAUGCUCUUUUAGUAAAUUUAAAAAAAAAAAAAAAAAACUUUUAAGGACAAUUUAGCUGCAGGUUCUUUAUGUAACUAAAAAUCUAUUCCAAUCCAAUUUGAAGCCAUUUUCAAUCAACUUGUUUUCAAGCUUCCCAAAUUUCUGCCCCGUCUCCCCACAACAGAUCAUUUUAAUUGUGUGCAAAGAACCAUUAAUCCUUCUUUUUAACUCACUUUUCUGUUUAAAAAAUAUUAACUGUAAAUUUUAUCUAACUUUUAACUAAUUUAAGGUCUGUCACAAACUCAUCCAAAUAAUUUCUCCUUCCAUACAGGAAGGAAAUCGAGCCUUUUCUGCCUCCCCUAAAGCCAGAGUUCUGUGUAAAACAGGCCAUGAGGGCUAUCCUCACCGACCAGCCCAUGAUCUGCACACCUCGCAUCGUCUAUAUGGUCAACUUCAUGAAAAGGUAAACCGCCUCCUUACAAUAUUUGAUCCCAUAUGCAGACACUAAUUUCUGUUUGGGCAUCAACUCUUUGUGAACUAUCAGGAAGAUAUCUAAUCCCUCUCACUCAUCUCUGCAGCAUCCUGCCCUUCGAGGCCAUCGUGUGCAUGUACCGGUUCCUGGGUGCCGAUAAGUGCAUGUACCCGUUCCUAGCUCAGAGAAAGGAGGCCAUGAACAACAACGAGGCGAAGAACGGGAUCUAGGGGGUGCUGUUUUGAAACCUGAACAGAGGCACAUAAAACCUGCGCGCAUGAGGAAACAACCACUGUGGAUGAAAAUGGGGGAAGAAAGGAAGGAAGUAAAGAAAGAAAGAAGGGGACUGAAUCUAGACUGGUGCACUUGCAUUGAGCAAAUGCAAAGGUUUACCAUAUUGUUCCUCUGGAACAAAGAAAGCUGUGUACUACACAUAGGAUUUAUUUGACUUUGUCUUUUUUUUAAGUUUAAAGAAACCAACAUGUAUAUUCUGUCACUAGUUUUGAAAUCAUACAGAAAAGGUAUUCAAUAAUAACUAUUUACGUAAUGUAGUCACCAGCCUUAUCUAGUGUCAUUGUGGAAAUAUACAGUAUGUUACUGUACAAACAGUAAAAAAAUCACUUAUUUUAUUUUUGUAGACAUGCACUGUAAUUUCUGAUUUAUUCUCUCUACACUGCCAGCAUUCUCUGUGUAGGAAGGUUCGACACAGCAUAUCAUUUCCACUCAACUCCCCAUGCAGAGGCUCUUUUUUUUUAAGUUAAGCUUGUGCCAUUGAAACAAAGCAAGAUGAAUAUUUCUCAAUAAAGGUUUACCAUAUUUUGUUGUUAUAUACUUAAUUUACAGACAUGUAGCAUACGUGUUUAUAAUGAAGUCUACACAUUCCCAAUGGGACUUUUAAAGGCCAGAUUGAGGCUAAUCAGAUCUUCACAGUGUAAUGAGGCUCGUCCAUUUAAUGGUCCUGUUAUUUAAGGUCUGAAUUGACUAAACUCUCAAACAGUGGACGAGGGAGUCUGUGUACUGCGUAAAGCUUGCAUGUGUGACUCACUCAGAAUGUACUACUUUGAGAGAAACUGAGGAAAUUUCCCUCAUUUAUAUGUUCUUUUCAAGGUCUACGGUGUUUAUAUUGUAAAUUUAUCUGUUACCAAUAUUAUUUGUUAAAAAAAAAUGACCCCAUUUAGGCAAACCGCUGUCCUGACACCGAUGUGUGGUUGGGGGGGAUGCAUUAAAGGCAUAAGCGUUCCAUUAUUUUCCAAAGUAACACUUUAUCUCAUGUCUUUUGUCCACCCUGUCCAGUUAAAGUGAAAUGUAAAUGUUCUUAUGUUGUGAGUGCCCCAGUAUCCCCGAUUGACUGUCUCCAUCAUAUUUGGUGUAUGCAUAUUUCAUGUACUUUUUUGGGACAACAGAGUUUUUGAAUUUUCAGCUACAUUCCAAUUUGCGUCAUUCCUCCAGUCACAGUGAUGAGCCUAAAUUCUCUACCUCUUAAUUUUUUCCAUUUUUAUUUUGACAGUAUGACAUAAGCCUCUUUUUUUGUAAUUUUUUCUGAGCAAAUGUGGUUCCAAUGUUUAGUGUCUCUACCUAACUUAAAUUAAUAAAAGUGAUUUAGAUUAUUAAA